AGCCCCGCCGCGCCGAGUGUCCCUGCGGCCGCCGGCUCAGGUGUCCAAGCCCCGGGCGGGACUCCUCCGUGGCUUCGGCGGCCUCCUCUAAAGGACACCGCAGUUGCCAUGGGAACAGUUGGGAAUUACGGGAGACCAGACCAGCCACUAGCCCUACCAGGGCCAGUCCCAUCCCUCAGGCUACACGCCUCUGGCAGGCGUGGGCCUGGCAUUUCUUUGCAGCUCAGGCCUUUUCUCCCCUCUUGCUCCUGGGUUUGUCCUUCAGAUGGUUGCAGGGCUUGAAGGCAGGUCAGUGGGAGAGCAUCCUGGAAGGACCUGCGGAGUCCAAAGGCAGUGCCGCUUUUGAGACAAGUUCCAAGACUGGGCCAGGAACUGUCCCCGGGGGCUCUUCAUCAUGAUGGCUAUGGAAGGGUCGACAAUAACCAGCCGGAUCAAGAACCUGCUGCGAUCGCCAUCCAUCAAAUUACGCAGGAGUAAGGCGGGAAACCGGCGAGAGGACCUCAGCUCCAAGGUAACCUUGGAGAAGGUGCUUGGAAUAACAGUGUCUGGAGGCAGAGGACUUGCCUGUGACCCUCGAUCGGGUUUAGUUGCCUACCCUGCCGGGUGUGUGGUCGUGCUGUUCAAUCCCCGGAAACACAAACAGCACCACAUCCUCAACAGUUCCAGGAAGACCAUCACUGCCCUCGCCUUUUCCCCUGAUGGCAAGUACUUGGUCACUGGAGAGAGUGGGCACAUGCCUGCCGUGCGUGUUUGGGAUGUGGCUGAGCAUAGCCAGGUGGCAGAGCUGCAGGAGCAUAAGUAUGGUGUGGCUUGUGUGGCCUUCUCCCCUAGCGCCAAGUACAUUGUCUCUGUGGGCUACCAGCACGACAUGAUCGUCAAUGUCUGGGCCUGGAAGAAAAACAUUGUGGUGGCCUCCAAUAAGGUGUCGAGUCGGGUGACAGCAGUGUCCUUCUCUGAAGAUUGCAGCUACUUCGUCACUGCAGGCAACCGGCAUAUCAAAUUCUGGUACCUUGAUGACAGUAAGACCUCAAAGGUGAAUGCCACCGUGCCUCUGCUAGGCCGUUCGGGGCUGCUGGGAGAGCUUCGGAACAACCUGUUCACUGACGUGGCAUGUGGCCGAGGGAAGAAGGCCGACAGCACCUUCUGCAUCACAUCCUCGGGGCUGCUGUGCGAGUUCAGCGACAGGAGGCUUUUGGAUAAGUGGGUGGAGCUGAGAAAUACAGACAGCUUCACAACCACUGUGGCGCACUGCAUCUCUGUGAGCCAAGACUACAUCUUCUGUGGCUGUGCUGAUGGCACUGUGCGCCUCUUCAAUCCCUCUAACCUGCACUUCCUCAGCACACUGCCCCGGCCCCAUGCCCUGGGGACAGACAUUGCCAGCGUCACUGAGGCCAGUCGCCUCUUCUCUGGGGUGGCCAACGCCAGGUAUCCAGAUACCAUUGCCUUGACCUUUGAUCCUACCAAUCAGUGGCUGUCUUGUGUAUACAACGACCACAGCAUUUAUGUUUGGGAUGUGAGGGACCCCAAAAAAGUGGGCAAGGUGUACUCGGCUCUCUAUCAUUCCUCUUGCGUCUGGAGUGUGGAGGUUUACCCCGAAGUGAAGGACAGUAACCAGGCCUGCCUGCCCCCUAGUUCCUUUAUCACCUGUUCCUCAGACAAUACCAUCCGCCUGUGGAACACGGAGAGCUCCGGAGUGCACGGCUCCACCCUGCACCGAAACAUCCUCAGCAAUGACCUCAUUAAGAUCAUCUAUGUGGAUGGGAACACUCAGGCCCUGCUGGACACUGAGCUGCCUGGAGGAGACAAAGCCGACACGUCCCUGAUGGAUCCCCGUGUGGGCAUCCGCUCUGUGUGUAUCAGCCCCAACGGACAGCAUCUAGCUUCUGGGGACCGUGUAGGCACGCUUAGGGUGCAUGAGCUGCAGUCCUUGAGUGAGAUGCUAAAGGUAGAGGCCCAUGACUCAGAAAUUCUGUGCUUGGAGUACUCUAAGCCAGACACAGGUCUGAAGCUGCUGGCAUCAGCGAGCCGGGACAGGCUCAUCCAUGUGUUAGAUGCUGGCCGUGAGUAUAGCCUGCAGCAGACGUUGGAUGAGCACUCAUCCUCCAUCACUGCUGUCAAGUUUGCAGCCAGCGAUGGGCAAGUCCGCAUGAUCAGCUGUGGAGCAGACAAGAGCAUUUACUUCCGCACUGCACAGAAGUCUGGAGAUGGAGUACAGUUUACACGGACACACCAUGUGGUACGGAAGACGACUCUCUAUGAUAUGGAUGUGGAGCCCAGCUGGAAGUACACAGCCAUUGGCUGCCAGGACCGAAAUAUUCGGAUCUUUAACAUCAGCAGUGGGAAGCAAAAGAAGCUGUUUAAAGGGUCACAGGGUGAGGAUGGCACUCUGAUUAAGGUGCAGACAGACCCCUCGGGGAUCUACAUUGCCACCAGCUGUUCUGACAAGAACCUUUCCAUUUUCGACUUCUCUUCAGGCGAGUGUGUGGCCACCAUGUUUGGCCACUCAGAGAUUGUCACUGGCAUGAAGUUUAGUAAUGACUGCAAACAUCUCAUCUCUGUGUCAGGAGACAGCUGUAUAUUUGUGUGGCGCCUGAGCUCUGAGAUGACCAUCAGUAUGAGGCAGCGUCUGGCUGAACUGCGCCAGCGUCAGCGUGGAGGCAAGCAGCAGGGACCAUCUUCUCCCCAAAGAGCUGCAGGACCCAACAGGCAUGAGGCGCCAUCGAUGCUAUCUCCUGGACCAGCUUUGUCAUCAGACAGUGACAAGGAGGGAGAAGAUGAGGGCACCGAAGAAGAAGAACUUCCAGCUCUGCCCAUCCUUGCCAAGGGUACCAAAAAAGAGCCAGCCUCAGUGCCCAGCCCAGCCCUGCCCCGAAGCUUGUCCCACUGGGAGAUGAGUCGGGCACAGGAGACGGUGGAGUUCCUGGCCCCAGUGCCUGCAGCCAACCAAGGACCCAGAAGAAGGGGCCGCUGGGCUCAGCCAGGUGUGGAGCUGAGUGUCCGCUCCAUGCUGGACCUGCGGCAGCUAGAGACAAUGGCCCCAAGCCCUCGAGGCACUAGCCAAGACUUGCUGGCCAUGACCCCAUCUUGUCCUGGGAAGCAUGGUCAGCAGGCCCCUGAAACCUCACAUACUAGCCAGAACGAAAAGCCCCCUCGGCCUCAGGCCUCCCAACCCUGUUCCUGUCCCCACAUUAUUCGAUUGUUGUCCCAAGAGGAAGGGGUAUUUGCCCAAGAUCUGGAGCCUGCACCCAUCGAAGAUGGUAUUGUCUACCCGGAGCCGAGUGACAGCCCCACCCUGGAUACCAGUGAGUUUCAGGUUCAGGCUCCAUCCCGAGGGACCCUGGGAAGAGUGUAUCCAGGCAGCAGGGGCUCCGAGAAGCACAGUCCUGACAGUGCCUGCUCUGUGGAUUAUAGUAGCAGCCGGCUUUCCAGUCCUGAACACCCCAAUGAAGACUCUGAGAGCACGGAGCCCCUGAGUGUGGAUGGCAUUUCCUCAGACCUCGAAGAGCCAGCUGAUGGUGAUGAGGAAGAGGAGGAAGAAGAGGGAGGCACUGGCUCCUAUGGAUUGCAGGAGGGCAGUCCCCAUACCCCAGACCAGGAGCAGUUUCUAAAACAGCACUUUGAGACUCUGGCCAAUGGGGCUGCUCCAGGUGUGGUCAGAGGGGGCCCAGUCCGGGUACCAGAGAGGACAGAGUCUCAGAGCAUCUCUUCACGAUUCCUGUUGCAAGUACAGACUCCCCCGCUCAGGGAACUGUCCCCAUAUUCCUCAAGCCUGGCACUGACAUCGAGACCAGUCCAGAUGCUGCAGGCUUCGGGUGAGCAACUAAGAGGCAGUGGUGCCAGUCCUCCAGGAGCACCCCCAGAGGCAGAGACCUCCUCUGGAAAUGCCGGCCCCCAGCAGGCAGUUCCUGUGCUUUUGCCACGACGCCGUCUCAACCUGGACAGUAGCUGGGCUCCCAAGAGAGUGGCUGCAGCCAGCAGCCCUUUAGGUGGACUCCAGAAAGCCCGGUCUGUGCAGAGUCUGGUGCUGCAGGAUGAGGGCCCACCACCAGGCCCAUUGCUUUUAGGGGAGACAGAGGCCCAGGAGGGCCUGCACUCCCUGCCACAGGCUGAUAGCCAUCUGUCUCGGCCUCAGUCCUACCAGAACCCCACCACCAGUUCCAUGGCCAAGAUUUCCCGCAGCAUCUCUGUUGGGGAGAACUUGGGCCUGGCAGCUGAACCUCAAGCUCCUGCUCCCAUUCGAGUCUCACCGCUCAGCAAGCUAGCCCUGCCCAGCAGGGCUCACCUGGUCCUGGACAUCCCAAAGCCACUGCCGGAUCGUCCUACCCUGGCCACAUUUUCACCUGCUACCAAGGGCAGGGCCCCUGGUGAGGUGGAACAGCCUGGUUCCUCAAUGGGCCUAGGAAAGGCUCAUAGUACAUCUGAGAGGCAGGCUUGUUUGGGGGAGGGUGCCAAGCCUAGGACAGAGUGCCAGGCUCAGCCUGGGCCCAACAGCCCCUGUGCCCAGCAACUGCCAGUCAGCAGCCUCCUCCGAGUCCCUGAGAACUUGCAGCCCCCACCCCCUGAGAAGACUCCUAGCCCCAUGGAAUGCACCAGGCCAGGGACCCUGAGCCAGGACUCAGAGCCAGCAGUGAGCCUGGAGCAGUGCGAACAACUUGUGGCAGAGCUCCAGGGCAACAUGCGCCAGGCUAUGCGGCUCUACCACUUGGUGGCUGGCUGCAAGACACCCUCAGCGGAGCAAAGUCGCAUCACCCAGCUCCUCAGAAACACCUUCUCUUCAGUACGGCAGGAGCUAGAGGCCCUGGCUGGGGCAGUGUUACGCAGCCCAGGCGGGAGCCCUGGGGCUGUGGGGGCUGAGCAAACACAGGCCUUGCUAGAGCAAUACUCAGAGCUGCUGCUUCGGGCUGUGGAGCGGCGCAUGGAACGCAGACUCUAGUUUCAGAAUCCUGUUCCAAGUGAAUGCUCCCCCUAUUCCAAACUGUAACCCCUGCUCCACUCUCCAGAACCCGUGGGGAUACUUGGAGUGGAAAGCAGGGAUCAGUGCUCAGAGGGGAAGCAGCUUUCCCAGCUACUUCUCAUGGGGCCCCUGUAUUUAUUAAUUUAUUUCCCUGACUGUUGCCUCACUUUUUUGGAAAUCCUGCCUCCACAGCCCCUCUAGUGGCUCAUGCAGGGUAGGUCUUGGAUCUUUGUCAUCUUGGUGCUGUGAGGAGUAGGAGGGCAGCCUGCCCCAUCUGGGGGAAAUUGGGAAGGGCUGGCCCUCUCUUCUUAGAAGCCAUUUGAAAUUACUGCAGGGAUCAGCUCCCUGGGGUGGAGCACACACAGGGUAUUCAGUGGGGUGGAAGUGAGAGGCCAUGUGGUAUCAGUGCCCUUCAGCCAACAGCGGAGCUUCACCUCUACCUCCACUUCCCCUCCCAUACCAGCUGCACUCCCCUGACUGCCAGAGCAGGGGUUAUCUGUUUUCCCCAAUUCCUGGCAGUUCCCAAAGGAACUCCCCAAAGCCCUCUAGCCCUCCAGGGCAUUUCCAGCCAUCAGGAGGCUUGAGUGGUAUCAAGGCCUGAGCCUCCACAUUCCACUCCCAUUCUCCCUUUAAGAGAGCCCUAGCAUUAUCUCUCUCCCUGUACCACCCCCCUUUCUUUCCUGGCCAGAACUUGUGGAGACAGCUGUGGGAUGUUGCUGCAGGACAGUAAAGCCCUCUGCUGGGCAAACAAA